GGCGGACCACGUGUGUCUUGCCGGCGUGCUUGUUCCUCCAAUGCGCGAUUCAUUACUUUUCAUUCUGAAACGUGUCGGGGCUGGGGCAGGGAGUAUACUUGCAAGAUGGCGGCGCGGUGGGGAGCAGGCGAAGAGACUUUAACAGCGUGCAAUAUGGAGUUUUUCCCUAUGGAUACACUAGACGAGGCUGCUGUGCUGAGCUCUGGAGAAACUAUGGAGGCACUUCAAAGCUGCUUGGACCCCUCCAUCCUCUCUAUCUUUGAGGACACGCCAACAAUAGAGACUAAAGGACUAGAUGAAGAGAGCGAAGCCACGCUGCUAACGGCUCUGACGGAGAUCCUUGACAAUGUGGAUGAUGAUAACCUGUCCCCGUUUGACACACUGCCCGACUCGGACCUGCUGUCAGGUCAGAAGGGCAGGGAAAACUCCCCGCUCAGGAGAUUGCUGUGUUUGUCCCGUUCCCCUCCAGAGAAAGACACCCUUGGUAGCGCAAGACCCUUAUCAACUGGAAAGAGUCUCCCCAGGAUACUGGCAGACUCUCUCCAGAGGAGUGAUGGGGAGGAAGAGGAAGAUGGCUCCCUCACUCUGAGUCCAGUGAGCCACGAUUCAUCUCCGGACAAUGACCUGCUAGACUGGGAAGGUCUGACCCUCCCGCUUCCUGUCACAUUUGAGCAGGAGGGUGAAUAUGGUGUUUCAGUUAGCCUGGGAGAUCUGGUCCGGCAUAUGCACCCCUACUGUAUGGCCAUUUGUAUGGAGAAUGACGAAGGGGAACAGAUGUUGCCCGAAGGAGGCAUCUUAUUUGAGGUUGUGGACCAGGGGGAAAAUGGAGAACCCAUCCUGGCCAUCCCAGACAUGGAUCUCCCAGUCUCUGUACCACUUACAGAGCAGUCUACAGAAAAUGAUCAGGACGUUUCACAAGAAGUGGCCUCUGACAGUUUGGAGCAUAUAGUCAUCGUUGAUGAUGAUGUAACAGCCAGUGAGGCUCCAGUCAAAGUUGCCCCUGUGACACCAGACCUAUGUUCAGAUGUGAAAGAUGAGAUGGUCAUUAAGAGACAGAAAGAAGAGAUUAAAGAGAAAAGCCCCUCGCGGAGGAAAAAGAAAAAGAAAUGCAAGAAACAGUUCCAACCCAAACCUGUGGAGGGAAGGGUCCUUCGGAGUGGCACAGUAGGAAAUGCAGCACAGGAAUCUCCCAAAAAGCUUGAAAAAAGGUCUGUCAAAGGAGAGAAAAAACACAAGUAUAUACAAGUCCCAAAGGGUCCUCUUGCCUCUUCCUCUGUAAAACCUAAGAAAUUUAAUCCAUGCCAAACUCAAAUCACCACUACAACACUAUUGCCUGAAAUGAAUGCACAAGUUGCCAUGUCUGUCUCACCUAGACAGAAAACAGCUCCAUUAAAUGCUAGCCCUGAGAUGAGUCAGCCUAGCUGUUCACUCACAGCAGUGAUCUCCCAACAGCCUGAUGAAACGCCUAAACAGCAGGCCCCCGAGAAGCUGGAAGACUCAUCAGCAGCUCCCUCUGCUGUCCUGCCUCCUGUGUCUUUAGAGAGCCCUGCAACUGCUCCUAGCCCCGUACUACCCCAGAUAACACCACCUGUUAGUGAGGCCCUCCUUCCUGAGGCCCCUGCAGCCUCAGAGCCAAAGCCCAAAUCACUCAGUCUAGCAGAGUACCGGCGGCUCCGACAGCAGAAAAAGCCGGCUCCGGUGGAAAAUCAAGAUGACAACAGCACUAAGUGGCCCAGCCUUCCAGAGCUUCCUAAAGAGCUUCCCCCUAUUCCCUGCCUGCCCGACCCCACCCCCAGGGAUCCUCGACGCCCCGACCCCCAGGCAGCGAAGAAGGACGAGGAGGUCAAACCUGCCUGGCAGCCAAGGGGACCAUGUGCACCACCCACCCCCGAGGCACUUUUGGUUCCACCGGCCUACAUGGUUGCCUCAUCAAGCAAGGUUUCAGCUGCUACUCCUGUUCCUAAACCCGGAAGCAAGCAAACACCUGAACCUUCCAAACCUUCUCUACCCCAAAAGCCUUUAACUCCUGCCCCUAAUGCUGUAAAGAAUUUACCCACACACCAACGCACCACUGUUCAACCUGCAGUGCCUUGUGUGCCUCAGAGCUCUGGGUCUCCAACUGCCACUCAGUUCAUGUCGCCAACAGCUGGGAAUUGUUCUUCUGCACUUUCAGUAGGAAAGGGUGGAGUCGAUGAAAGCCCCCAAUCUCAGCCUGUAUCUCCUAAGUGCUUAGAGCUCACUAAAACCUGUCCUAAAACCACUAAAGAGUCGAUCAAACCCACCACUGCUACUGUGUCUGCUCCCAUUGCCCCCCAGAAGAUCACUGUUGUUUCCCAGAAGAUGCCUCAGGUCACUGCUCCUACCUCGUUAAAUAACCCCAUCACAUCAAAUGGCAUGUCCUCCAGACCCACAGCCAAUGGUGCCCAGCUGAGUUCUUCUCCGGGGACCCAUCCCUCAGGCUCCCAGAGUAUAAAAACAGAACCUGGUGUGCUUGAAACUAAAGAGAAACCCACUACAGCAGUGAAACCCCAAAGGGCAAAGAACCCCACGCAGGAGCUGAUUGAGGCCUUCACCAGUGAGAUAGGGAUUGAAGCUGCUGAUCUGACCAGCUUGCUGGAGCAGUUUGAGGAAACCCAAGCCAAAGAGGAGCAAUGUGUGCCGGAGGUCUCUGGUAGAGCAGCAGCUGUAGGAAACUCUAGUGUUGGGUUGGCUCCAGAGAUAACAGUUGUGGAGCGUGUGAGAGCUAAUGACCUAGCAAGUACUGCAGCUCUGACUCCACCAGCCACUCCUCCCCACCAGAUGUGGAAACCCCUGGCCGCUGUGGCCCUGCUGGGGAAGAGCAAGGCUGCUGAGGCCUCCAAGUCGAGUCCCUCCAAAGUUAUCCAGAUAGAAGCUCGGCCUCUGCCCUCAGUCAGGUCCCGCAGCAAACCUGCUGCUGCUGCUGCUGCCACUGUAGUCCCCGACGUGGCAUGCAUGGACCAUGACUACUGCCUCCCCAACAAAGACACUUCUACAGGAGAGCAAGGCAAACGCUGGAAUGUCAAACAGCAGUCUUCUAUCACUAUUAAACCCAUUAAGCAACCCGGUGCAACCACUACACACACACCUCCAUCGGCCCCGGUAUCGCCUGCCCAGUCAACGACAAGUGCUGCAGUUAUAACCAAGACACAAGAGUUUCCACUGAUGGAGCCCCUGGAUCACAGGACUGAUGGGAUGCAGGGAAGUUCUGUUCUGGAGACUCCUGAUGCUUCGCCUGCUCGGCAGGAGAUUGAUGGAACUGUCAAAGAAGGAAGCCCCAGGAGAGGGCCCCUCAAGAGGUCCUACCGUCGACGUGCCGCUUCUCGCACACCCAGCCCCAGACCUAGUCCCAAAGAACGGACUGGAGGCCGGUCGAGAAAAAGAAGAUCCCAUCGUUCUCCCAGCCCUACGUCCAGCGGGUCAGAGUCAGACUCCCAUUCCUCUAGGUAUCGGUUUAGAUCACGCUCUCCAUCUAAAAAAAGGUAUCGUCCCUGUCACUCUGGGAGUAGUUCCAGCUCCUCAUCCCGUUCCUCCUCUCGGUCCUCUACCUCUGUGUCCCACUCUCCUCCCAGGAGGAGGAAGUACUCUUAUUCCUCCUCUUGUUCUGGCUCUUGGAGCCGCUCCAGGUCACGGUCUCGAUCCCCUCAAAGACGAGCACAGUGGAGUAGAAGCAGUAGAUUGUACAGCCCUUCAGGUAGACCUGGCUAUGGUCACGGUACAAAGGCAAAUGUGGAAGAAGUCAAGAGAUGCAAGGAGAAAGCCAUUGAGGAGCGCCGGGUUGUUUACAUUGGUCGAAUUCGAGCAACAAUGACCCAAAAAGAGCUUAAAGAGCGCUUCUCUGUGUUUGGUGAAAUUGAAGAUUGCACCCUGCACUUUAGAGACCAUGGGGACAACUAUGGGUUUGUGACUUAUUACGACAACAAGGAUGCUUUUACAGCCAUAGAGAAUGGAGGCAAGCUGCGCAAGCCUGAUGAGCUGCCAUUCGAUCUCUGUUUUGGUGGAAGGAGACAGUUCUGCAAGUCCAGCUAUUCUGACCUGGAUUCGAGUAGAGAGUACGAUCCAUUGCCUGCAAAAGGCAAGUUUCAUGCACUAGACUUUGACACUUUACUGAAGCAGGCCCAGCAGAAUCUGAAGAGGUAACACGAGGCCUGAAGCAGGAAGCAGCUGAUACUUACCUCAGAGCCAACGGUUGGCUCCUCACCUGCAACACUGUCUUUACAUUUAAGUUGUUGCAUUAGUUUUGCAUUUAUUUUGUUUGUUUUAUUUUGUUUCUGCAAGCUAACACCUUCUAUUGAAGUGAAGAUUUGUAAUGAAAGUAGGAAAAGAAAAAAAAUGGAAUAAGUGAAAUUAAAUUUUUUUAAAGUUUAUUUAAAUACAAAAGUCAAAUUUAAAUUGUAUGGAGAGAAUCAUUUUUAAAAUGGGGGAAGGUAAGUGGAAUAAAACUCCCUAAUUAUUGGGAGAGGCUGUAAUACAUUUGAAUGUACUACAAACCUAAAUAAAAAGGAACCUUAACUGCA